AUACACGGCAGGAUGGAGCGAGGAGGCACCAUGGAGCGAGCAGGUAGCAUCCAGCUGGACGUCCCUGAAUUUAGCAACUCUGUGCUGUCCCAACUGAACCAGCUGCGUAUGCAGGGGCGGCUGUGCGACAUAGUGGUGAACGUGCAGGGCCAGAGCUUCCGUGCUCACAAGGUUGUGUUGGCUGCCAGCUCCCCUUACUUCCGAGACCACAUGUCACUGGGCCAGAUGAGCACUGUGUCCCUGUCAGUCAUCCGCAACCCCUCGGUGUUUGAUCAGCUCCUCUCAUACUGCUACACCGGGAGGCUGUGCCUGCAGCUGGCCGACAUCAUCAGCUACCUGACGGCCGCCAGCUUCCUGCAGAUGCAGCACAUCAUUGACCGCUGCACGCAGAUCCUGGAGGGCAUCCAUCUAAAGAUCAGCCUGGCGGAGGAGGAGCUGGGGGCCGGAGGGGGGCAGCAGGGGCACAGGGGGGCUGGGAGCUUGGAGGAAGGAGGAGGAGGUGGGGUAGGAACAUCAGGGUGCUCCGUAAGCCCGCGCCACAGCAGCCCCAGGGUUCUGGGCCCUCAAGGAAGCAGAACCCGAGGUGCCAUGGAUAUCCGAGAGGUGGGAAGCCCAGCGGGGGAGUCCAUGAGCCCCCAGAUGGUGGAGCACAGUGGGCUGGGCCCGGAGGGUCUGCCUGGGGCGGUGGAAGUGGGCAGCAGGCUGGGGAAGGAGCCCAUACUGCGCAUCAAUCGGGCCGGCCAGUGGUACGUGGAGGCGGAGAGGGGGAGCGGCGGUGAAGAGGGGGAGUCAAUGAGGGUGGUGGAUGGUUUGAGGAUAAAGACUGAGAGGAUGGAAGAGUGGACGGGGGCUGAUACCCAGGAAGAAGGGAGCGGGGCGGAAGAGGGAGCAGCCAUGAUGAUUGACACGUCCGGGUGCAGCUCGCUGGUGCAGGAGGGUAUUGUCACGGGGGCCAAGAGCUCUCAGCCCUCCAGCAGCUUCAGUGAGACUGAGAGGUUUAGUCCUACUGGCAGUGUGGUGGUGAUGGCAGAGAGACCGAGAGCCAAGAGUGAGUCACCCAGCAGAGUAGACGACCAGUGCCAUCCCAACUCGCAGGGGGAGGAGCAGGCUGUGUUGGGCGGCUACGAGGAGUACCUGCGUGAACAGGUGGCUGACCGCUGGUGCCACUACAACCCUCGACUCACCUGCAUCUACUGCUGCAAGUCCUUCAACCAGAAGGGCAGCCUGGACCGCCACAUGAGGCUGCACAUGGGCAUCACACCUUUUGUGUGCCGCAUCUGUGGCAAGAAAUACACCCGCAAGGACCAGCUCGAGUACCACAUCCGCAAGCACACAGGAAACAAGCCCUUCCAUUGCCACGUCUGCGGGAAGAGCUUCCCCUUCCAGGCCAUCCUCAACCAGCACUUCCGCAAGAACCACCCGGGCUGCGGCCCUCAAGAGGUGGCCCACAGCGCCUCCCCAGAGACCACCACUGUCUCUUCCCGGGGGGAGCAGAACGAGGAGGGGUCGCCCAGCCAGGAGGAGCCAGAUGGGGGUGGAGGUGGGGCCUCUUUCAGAGAGGGUGUCCAGGCCUCUGUCUCCACCACUGGGCCUGAUUGACCCAGUGGACCAGGGAGGGAGAUGGUUGGGGUAUAAGAGGACAGGGUAUAGGUUAGGUUAAUGGUUUGUACUCUCCUGCCAGGGGAGGAAAGACAAUGUAUGUUGAAGUUGCUUCAAAGGAAAGGAUAAAAAGGGGGAGGUCAGAAGGUCAAGUCCAUCCAGGGUGAGAUUUUUAUAAGCAUUUUAUUUUUUUUUAUCCUUCGACUAAACCGCAGGGACAGGAGAACGAAGCAACAGAGUAGUUUGAUAUGGCACUUCGUAAUAUGUCGUUAUUUAUAAAUGAUAUUUCCGCUUUAAACCAUAUCUACCUUCACAAUACAAACAUGAACAGAUUAAGCCAACACAUGAAGAAAUGCCACACACUCCCAAUAACCUCACAACACUGAAUGCAGUGGUUUUUAUUUGACUAUUUUCUUAUGUUACAGUUUUAUUAUUUUGUAUAAUAACUACAUACAAUUUCAAUUCUUGCAUUUUGUCUUGAGACAAUCUUGAACAGAUGGGGGUCAGUGAUAAUCAGACGACUCUUCAUACAUUAUAUGGGCAAUUCCACGGUUACUCAUGGUUUUCACAUAAAAAUGUAUGUCAAACAAAAAGCAAUGGUUGCAAAGUUAAACAAACCAUACACAUUUUUACACAAGGACUACUUUUAACAAUUUCCAAUUUUACAAAAACACAUUUACUUGAGGUAAUAAAAACAUUUACUUGAACAGUGCAGAGGCAAAGUUUGGUAUCAGAAUGACAGCACCAACAGCACAAACCGUCAUUCUGUUACCAAACUUUGCAUCUGCUCAAGUAAAUUUAUUUUUGUCAAAUGUUCUGUGUAAUUUGUUAAGUAGCCCUUGUACAUAGUUGUAUGGUUUGUUUACAGAGAGCAUCACUGUUACUGUGGAAUUGCCCAUGUGCCAGAAUGGCUUAAAAAUGAAUUCCACAUGAAUAGUAGAUAUGGCGCAGUGAACAAAACCAGUUAAUUUUGUUGAGUAAUGAGUACAAUUAUGAAAAUAAGACUGAUGUCGGUCUUAUGACGAUUUUAUGUCAUGCGUCUUAACACGGCUAAAUGCAUUCAGAAGUAUACCAUUAUUUAAUCAGUGCAACACUUUUACAAUGUAUUAAGAUAUUGGCAAAGGUAAGAGGCCUUUUAAAGAGGACUCUUGUUAAUCCAUAUGUAUUUGACCCAUACCUCCAUAUUCUUUAACCAGCUGCUGAAUGCAUACUUCUAUACAGGAACACAGGAAACUGAGUUUUUAUUUUAUUUUUUAACCUCAGAUAAGCUACAAUAAAACUCUCUUACCUCUCACACAUCACUACGCAAUACAGCUCUGCUCCAAGCAGAUUGGUCGAUGCACUCAGUUGAAUUUACAGUAUGUUCUAAUUUUUCUAUGUUGUGGUUAACUACCUUUUUUAUAAGUGACAGUUUUUUUUGCAUAAGCGCAUCUUCUGAACAUUUUUAUCUAGCUCUGACAAUGUAUCUGGAGGAUGUAGAGACAAGAUUGUAAUGGAGGACACUCAUAUCGCUAUUGGGGGUGUCCUAAGGAGGAGAGAUGAGACUCUGCAGCUGAACUGUAGUACCACCCAAGAGAAAGACUCUGCAGCUGAACUGUAGUACCACCUAAGAGAAAGACUCUGCAGCUGAACUGUAGUACCACCUAAGAGAAAGACUCUGCAGCUGUUCUGUAGUACCACCCAAGAGAAAGACUCUGCAGCUGAACUGUAGUACCACCCAAGAGAAAGACUCUGCAGCUGUUCUGUAGUACCACCCAAGAGAAAGACUCUGCAGCUGAACUGUAGUACCACCCAAGAGAAAGACUCUGCAGCUGAACUGUAGUACCACCCAAGAGAAAGACUCUGCAGCUGAACUGUAGUACCACCCAAGAGAAAGACUCUGCAGCUGAACUGUAGUACCACCCAAGAGAAAGACUCUGCAGCUGAACUGUAGUACCACCCAAGAGAAAGACUCUGCAGCUGUUCUGUAGUACCACCCAAGAGAAAGACUCUGCAGCUGUUCUGUAGUACCACCCAAGAGAAAGACUCUGCAGCUGAACUGUAGUACCACCCAAGAGAAAGACUCUGCAGCUGAACUGUAGUACCACCCAAGAGAAAGACUCUGCAGCUGUUCUGUAGUACCACCCAAGAGAAAGACUGCAGCUGUUCUGUAGUACCAACCAAGAGAAAGACUCUGCAGCUGAACUGUAGUACCAACCAAGAGAAAGACUCUGCAGCUGAACUGUAGUACCACCCAAGGGAAAGACU